UAUCGAUUACGUAGACCAAGCAACAGUGGAAUACGCUGUUAUUUGUCAACACUAGCGAUAAAAGGCGCUCUGAUUAAACUGUGUCAUACUGUGGUUUGUUUAACUGCUUGAGAAAGCACAUGCAAGCUUUAUUGUAAGUCGUGUUCUCCGAUAGAAUGUUUUCUAGUUUACUAAAGCGCCAGUAUCUUUGUUGUCACGGAGUGAGAAGCAUAAGAACAAUUAGGACACCGCGUCGUAGACCUACUUUCAUUACAAUGAACAGUUGCUAGCGCACGGGAAAGCGGGUCGUGUGGCAUCAGUUUCUGUAGCGUUAAUAACUCAGGGAGGGACUGGUUGCAGUAUAAGGUGUACAUUGCGCUAAUGCGGUUUAUUUUACUUAUAAGUGCCUCUAACGUUCAGUGAGCAUCAAAAUAUGCUGCUAUUUGUAUAUUCUCUUGCGGUGCUGUGGUGGGAUUUAGCGCGUGUCGUUGUCGCCUGUUCGUUUGCAGUGAUUGAAAUGAUGUAUCGCACAAUUAUACCUGUCAAGGAGAAGCCUGUGUUGGGGCAGAUCAUCUUGGUCGUAGGUACAGGUCGUGGAGUUGGUCGUGAAAUUGCACUGCAACUAACAUCCCUAGGAGCUGUUGUCAUUUGUGUUGAUAUUAACGAGAAGAUGAAUUUAGCUACAGUAUCAGCCGCAAACAAAUAUAGCACCACUGGAAGAGCAUUUAGCUGUAUUUGCGACGUCUCGGACAGGGAACAGGUUCUGAAAAUGGCAAGUGAAAUAAAGAAAAACAUUGGCCGUGUAACAGGUAUAAUACAUUGCUGUGCUCUUCCAAGUCCUCAGUCUUAUAUUUAUAGAACUGAACAGGAAGUCAGGAGAACGGUUGAUGUCUGUGUAAUGUCAUAUUUUUGGCUUCUAGAAGCAUUUCUGCAAGAGAUGGUAGAGAAGAAUGAUGGACACAUUGUUGCACUGUCAUCUGUAACUGGCCUUGCUGGUGUUAAGCAGCAUAUAUCGAUGAGUGCAUCCCAGUAUGCUGUGCAGGGUUUAAUGGAAUCACUUUCAGAGGAGCUCCGUACAGCAAAAAUGUCAAACAAUGUCUAUAUGACACUGGUUCACAUAUAUCCAUUCAUUGUCAGCAGGGAGCAGGCAAAGGACAUCAGGCUAAGAAUACCUAGCUAUUUUGGAACAAUUUAUCCCAAAGAUGCAGCAAGGCAAAUAAUUUCAGGAAUGAGAAGGAAUUACCCAGAAGUCAGUAUUCCAGGUUAUCUGUUGUACAUUAGCAGAAUACUAAGGAUUCUUCCACACAAAGCAUCAGUAAUGUUAAGAGAGCUUCUGGACACUGGAGUCGAUUUUGCCUAGUUUUUCAGUAUUGUAAAACUGCCAUUUUAGAAUGGGUCGAUUCAAGAUACAUGACAAGCAAUAUUUUUUACAAAAUGAAAUGGGUUUUAUUUUUAAGACUGUUACAAUUUUAAAAUGCACAAAUUUUGAACAUCAAUGCACCUAGUAUUAAUUCUGCAACUUUAUUGCAUGUCAGUGGAAACUGCUCAGUUUUUCUUGCUAAGUUCCUUGCAGUAUCUUGACUUUGCUUAACAAAGGUACUAAAAUGAAAGUACCAUAACCUUUUGUGAAACUUAAAGUGUAUCAGUAAUUUGCUACAUAAUGUAAAGUUAUAGCUAUUUAUUUUUUUAACUGUAAAGGAUUUGCUGCUCUGGAGUGACCCAAUUGCCAUUCUUCCAUUUGAAAUAAUUGUACUACUCAGGUACUCUUGUUCAAAGAGUUACAACCACAUUGCAGUUCCUUUAAACUUUUGACACAUGUAUUUUUUUUCCUUGUUAAGUAUUGUUAUUUGAAAAAUAUUACACAGUAUUUUUUGUAAUUUUAUCUAGUGUAACAGAUUUAUAUGACACUAUUUUAAGAAGGUGUACUGUAUGUGAUUACAGAUGUACUCUUUUUGACUCCAAAAGAAUAUAAAUGAGUGUCAAAGGGCUGUAGAUCAUACUGUUUGUGCAAAGAAAUGACUACAUUGACAAUAUUUUACUUAGUUUGAAUUUUAAUUCUGUACUUAGAAUAACAACCUGAAAAAUUGACUUCUUAUGUAUGCUUGAAUAUUUUGUACUUUUAAAAACUACUAUGAUUAAUUCCCUUCUUUUUAUUCAAGUUAUGGUUAAUUUAAUCACAGCCAAUGAUAAUCUCAAAUUCUAUUUAAUAAAGGAAAAAAAAUACAAAGCACAGUAGAGGCACUUGAAAUGAAACCAU